GCUGAGGAAGGCCCUGAGGCCGGGCGGCAGCGGCGAUGAUGGCGGCCUCCUGCGCGGAGAUCUUGCGGAGGGAAUUCCCGGAACUCGAUGGGGAGAUGUUCGAUUACGUGACCGGGGUUCUACAUAGCGGCAGUUCAGACUUUGAGUCAGUGGAUGAUCUGUUUGAAGCGGUCGGGGAGCUCUUGCAGGAUGUGGCCAGGGACUCCAAAGAUGACGAGGACAUCCGUGCUAUCUGCCAGCGGAUGUACAACACCCUUCACCUGGAUAGCGAAAGCUCCCAGAGAAACAGGCAGGUGCUCCUGGAUGCCCCGAUUCAGCUUUCUCAGAUCACAGAUAGUUACGAUUCUAGCUUGGACCUGCUGCCGGGGCUGCUGCUGAAGAGAGACCAGAACUCGAUUGUGAAUGCCAAGAAACUGGAGAAAGCGGAGGCUCGCCUGAAAGCAAAGCAGAGCAAGAAGCAGGAGCGGGAUUCCUUCAAGUCUGGCAGCCCGUUGGUACUCGAAGAGGCAUCUGCCAGCCAAGCUGCCAGCAAGAAGGAGACCCGCCUGGAGACAUCUGGCAAGAACAAGUCCUACGACGUGCGCAUUGAAAACUUCGACGUGUCCUUCGGUGAGCGCGUCCUUCUCACAGGCGCAGACUUGAACCUGGCGUAUGGGCGCCGGUACGGCCUGGUGGGCCGGAAUGGGCUGGGCAAGACGACACUGUUGAAGAUGAUGGCCAGCCGCAGCUUGCGCAUCCCCUCGCACAUCAGCAUCCUCCACGUGGAGCAGGAAGUGGCGGGGGACGAUACGCCGGCCCUGCAGAGUGUGCUGGAGUGCGACACGACCCGGGAGAGCCUGCUGAAGGAGGAGAAGGAGCUGACAGCCCGGGUCAAUUCUGGAAGGGGAGAAGGCACUGAAGGCGCCAGGCUAUCAGAAAUCUAUGCAGGGCUGGAAGAGAUUGAGGCAGACAAAGCCCCAGCACGAGCAUCUGUUAUUCUGGCUGGGCUGGGGUUCAGCACGAAGAUGCAGCAACAGACAACCAAAGAAUUUUCCGGAGGCUGGAGAAUGAGGCUGGCUUUAGCUCGUGCCCUCUUUGCCAAGCCUGACCUCCUCCUGCUUGAUGAGCCGACCAACAUGCUGGACGUGAAGGCGAUCAUCUGGCUGGAGAGCUAUCUGCAGACGUGGCAGUCGACCAUCCUGGUGGUGUCCCACGACCGGAACUUCCUGAAUGCCGUGGCCACCGACGUCAUUCACCUCCACUCCCAGCGGCUGGACAGCUACCGCGGUGAUUUUGAGAACUUCGUCAAGAUCAAAGAAGAGCGGCUGAAGAACCAGCAUCGCGAGUACGAGGCCCAGCAGCAGUAUCGGGAGCACAUCCAGGUCUUUAUUGAUCGGUUUCGCUACAACGCCAAUCGGGCGUCUCAAGUACAGAGCAAACUCAAACUGCUGGAGAAGCUGCCAAAACUGAAGCCUGUGGACAAAGAAUCUGAGGUGAUAAUGAAGUUCCCAGAUGGCUUUGAAAAGUUUUCUCCUCCCAUCUUGCAGCUGGAUGAAGUGGACUUUUACUAUGAGCCCAAUAACCACAUCUUCCGCUCCCUCUCGGUCUCUGCCGACCUGGACUCCCGCAUCUGUGUGGUAGGAGAAAAUGGAGCUGGCAAGUCGACUAUGUUGAAGAUCCUGAUGGGAGACCUGGCACCUGUGCAAGGGAUUAGGCACGCUCACAGGAAUCUUAAGAUUGGCUAUUUCAGUCAGCACCAUGUGGAUCAGCUGGAUCUGGACAUCAGCGCCACAGAGUUACUAGCAAAGCGGUUCCCAGGGAAGACAGAAGAGGAGUACCGCCAUCAGCUGGGGUGCUAUGGAGUCUCUGGAGAGCUCGCAGUCCGCCCUGUUGCCAGCCUGUCUGGAGGUCAGAAAAGCAGAGUGGCUUUUGCCCAAAUGACCAUGCCUUGCCCCAACUUCUACAUUUUGGAUGAGCCGACAAACCACCUUGACAUGGAGACCAUUGAGUCCCUGGCGAAGGCACUCAACAAUUUCCGGGGCGGUUUGAUCCUGGUUUCCCACGACGAGCGUUUCAUCCGCCUGGUGUGCCACGAGCUGUGGGUGUGCGGCAACGGCACCGUGCAGCGCAUCGAGGGAGGCUUCGACGAAUACAGAGACAUCCUGCAGGAGCAGUUCCGGAAGGAGGGUUUCCUAUAAAGUGGGUUCCCCAGACUGCGUGCGUGAGCUGGUUGGGAGCGGAGUAGGCCGCGCAGCAGCCCUCAUUCUGCCUGAUGGUGCAGCAGGGAUUUCACCUACAUCGUGUGAACAUUAGCUGUGCGAUCUCCUGUCGGGUUAACCCUUCCUCCCCUGUAAGCCGGCACCUGCUGGGGAUUGCAGCAGAGAGGAGGAGGAGGAAAGGAGGAACAGAGUUGCUCGUUCUGCUGCGGGAUCUGUGCCAAGUCUCUGCUGGGCAGGGACCAAAGGACAGCUAAGAGAGAGGCGGGGAGUGUCCAGUGCUGCUUGAGUGGGGGAGGGAGGGAAUCUGCUGCAAGCAGUCCCUUCUCUCUUUCCACCUGUCUUGUUUGUGGAAUUGAACCUCCUGCUGUCGUGUUCAAUGAGCAAAGGAAGGUUUCUGGGUGUAAAUGCUGCUCGAUGUUGUACAUUGAGGAGCUUUUCCAGGAAACGGGGCAGAACUCGCCUUUGAAAUGGCCAGGGUGAGGAAUUUUCCUUCUCUCCUGCCACCCUUCCACCCUGCCCCCUGUGAACUAUCAACCAUACAAGCCAGAUCCUCUUUGGAAUGCACUUCUCUCUUCAUGGCUUAGCCUUAAGUUUCCCUUUCUUUCCUGCUCAGAAGGUGAUGCUUUUGCGUGAUAGAAAGGGUCCCCCCUUCACUCUUGGCUGCAAUCUUGAAAGGGUAGGCAUUGUAUGAGCCCGGGGUCCUCUGGCGAUGGUAGAAAUGGAGCAGCCAGCCCCACCGUCUCUCAGAAGGUGGCGAUCUUGGCUCUUCUGUGCUUGGGGCUUGUGUCAAAGAAUGGUCCACACAUCUCUGAGCUUCUAAAGAUCUAAAUUCCAUGCAGGACUAAGUUCUGUCCCAGCUAACGCACCAUGUCUUGGUAAUAAACAUGGUUUGAUGUUGCAAGGUAAACUUUCAACUCCCUGUUCAUCAGCAUUGAGGUUGCUGUGUAAAUAAAAUGGAAUCUCUCUGGCUUCGGA